UCAGGGAUUGGUUCUUGUAGUGGGAUCAAAAAUGUCUUCUCCAUAACAAAGCUCCUCCAUGGUGCCUGUAGCAUAGCAACGCUUGUUUGUAGAAUCAAUAUUGCAACUGGUACUGCCCUGCAAUACUUUGAUUUGAACAUCAGCAUGUCCAUGUGCCUCCAGAGCAUCCUUUGCUCAGCCCUCUACAGCAUUGCAGCAACAGGCAGCCAAGUCUUAAAACAAAAAUGCUGUUUGUGGGCACAAGUUCUUCACUUUACCAGCAGGGGACAAGGAAGGCAGAGAGACUUUCCCAGACAGCAGUGACUCGGGAUGAGAUUUCUAGCUUUCCACCUUGUGUUCGGUCCUGAAGGACUAGAAAAAUGUGGGUAUCUGCACUAUUUCUUGUUCCCAUUACCUGCUGAUCUUAUUUAGUUACAGUGUUUUCCAUUUUUUCUAAUCUCUAUUGAUCUUUUUUACAUUUUGUGUUUUGUUAAAGUUUUUUUUCCUGCAGCAGAGAUACUGCAAAUACAAUGUUAUCAUGAGUAAUGUGCUGACUUUGUUUUCUUAUCUACCUCAGGACAUUUAUUUACCCCUUCUUCACUAGAGGCAGACCUUUCCCACUGCAAUUGCUUUUCUUUGGCAUGUUAUUCUGUAUCUAUAAUGGCUUCCUUCAGGGGUACUACCUGAUUUACUGCGCUGAAUAUCCAAAUGAUUGGUGCACCGACAUCAGAUUUACAUCAGGCCUCCUCUUAUUUCUGCUGGGAAUGGGAAUCAACAUUCACAGUGAUCUCCUGCUGCGCCAGCUGAGAAAACCUGGGGAAGUUACUUACAAGAUUCCUCAAGGAGGAUUAUUCACCUAUGUUUCUGGAGCCAACUACUUUGGAGAAAUUGUGGAAUGGUUUGGUUUUGCCAUAGCAACCUGGUCCCUACCAGCCUUUGCCUUUGCCUUUUUUACGCUCUGCUGCAUCGGGCCACGUGCUUAUCACCAUCACAGGUACUAUCUCAAGACAUUUACGGACUAUCCAAAAUCAAGGAAAGCCUUGAUUCCUUUUGUUUUUUAAUGAUUGAAAUAUGGACUCUGUUCUGCUUUUACAGGGCUUUUUUCAAUUCCUAGUUUUAAUGUUAGGUCUGACUAACUGUACAGUUGAUAACCUGGCGUUGUAACAGACAAGAAGGUAAUUUGGAACUGAAGUUCUUGGUUUUAAUUUCAGGGGAAAUUGCAGGUAGUUGUGGGCAAAGGGCUUGUCAGUGGAGUUCUACCUAUAGAAAAUGGAUAUAUAACUGGGAUAUAUAACUGCACUGACAUCAGAGAAAAAGCAUUGGCUAAAAACUGAUGCAGGAAAGUAGAAAGUAAGCCCAUGACUUCAGAGAAAGUCUUCAGCAACCAUUCCAAUUUAUAACACUUCUGCAGCUGCUUCUUCCUGCCUCCAUGCCAUAGCACGGAUGCCCUCACUCUGCUGGCACUGCCCUAGGUCUUGCCAUGCUUUAAACAGGAGUAAGGGUCUCCUUUGCCAUAAAAAUAACUCAGACCAUUAUUUUUCAUCUAAAAUCCAGCUUAGCUCCCAGAACCAUAAUGCAACAAGAGGAUAUUUGUGCCAGCACAAGGCUGGGAGCACUAUGCCAUGGCACAGAGAGAUGCAAAGUACUCAGAGAUGGAAGUAUCUGAAGCUGGCACUCAAGCACGAUGUCUGUGUUCCUUCAUUAAGCAAUACUCUCCUCACUGUCAGAUGAUUAAUCUUCAGGCAUCAGAGGUUUUUUUAAAUGUACUUUGUCAAAAGAAUUGUAGCUCCAUUAGGAUUUUUCUUCUCUUGCAAAUCCAGAGCUCUUUUCAGAAUAAAAAUUUGUCCUCUCAAAAACACUCAGUUGUUAUUCAUAAAAUCUUGAGAUGGUGAUGUAUGACAAAAGUUAAAACAAAUAAAAAGCUCUGUGUUGAAGAAAAUAUUCUCCAACACUGGCAGUACAUUUUGUCUACAGAGAACAUUUUCAGAUACUCAUAUUAGGAAAUGAUAUAGAGAUAUUACUGAAUUUUCACAAAAACACAGGAUAUCUCUUCUUAAUUUCAGAAUAUAGUCAGGAAUUUAAAAAAAAAAAAAGUCAUUAACCUCAAUGGGAAGAGACGUCCCCAUGGAUGUGGAUAGUUUUAGUUAUACCUUAGACCAUAAAGUCCUGCUAAGAAUUAUGCCAAGUAGCUGGAAAGACCAGACAGCACAUACUAAACAUACUACCUGUUGCUGGAGUCAGCUGAUUGACUGUACACAAUUUUCUCCAAAACACAAUAAAAUUUAUGU